UAAUCAAGGUCAUAGCGCAUUCUCAGUCACGAGGACAUGACAGUCACUGACAUGUUGACCCCGAGUACACAUCACUUCAAACGCAAAACGACAUUGUCAUGUGAAAUUUGGACUCCCGUGAAAUCUGGUCUACACCUAACAUGGACUCUAAACCCUCGCACGUGACCAUUUCAUAAUCCAGGCACUGGCAAUGCAACCAAUGAUCCUGUAUUUCAUAUAAUCCACAUUUCACACCACAGCGGACAAGAACUCAUCUGUCGCUUGUUAGAAUGGCCGAUUUUCAUGCAUCUAAGGACUCCAGCAGUGCGUGGGCUGUAAAUGCAACAGGUCGCGAGCGAGCAGCCUCUCGAUGGGUAACGGUGGAGCCAGUCAUCCUUGCAGCAAUGCUAAGCAUGACAAGCAUCGCUCUAAUCAAGCCACUCUACGUGAAGAGCAGAGUCUCUGGAUGGUACAACUCCACCAAGGAGGAGAAUUACACGUGUGGUGAGCAUGAGGAAAAUGCUGCCGCUGACCAUGUGCAGUCAGAGGCCUCCGUGUGGCUACUGUACAUGAGCCUAGCGUCUGGUAUUCCUUCGAUGGUAUCUACCAUCAUCUUGUGCACCAUGAGUGACAGACUCGGCAGGAAAAUGGCCAUGGUUCUCUCCCUCUUGGGCUUCACCGCCCAAGCGGCUAUGACCUUUGUCACAGUGCUCUUCCAACUCCCUCUGGCCGUUCUCCUGGUAGGGGAGUUCUUACAGGGCCUGACCGGUGGGUUUGGACUCCUCUUUGCUGCUUCCAUCUCAUACCUGGCCGACGCGACAUCGCUGAAGCAGAGAACAAUGAGGAUCGUUAUAGCUGAAACGACCUCCCUACUGGUAACUGCAGUCAAUGAAAUAGUCGAGGGUCUUCUCAUCAAGUCAUACGGUUUCAUUCCCGUGGCAUCAGUUGCCCUGGGAUCGUGCGUAGUCGGUUUGAUCUACGUCACCGUACCGCCCUUUCUUAUAGAGACGGUUGACACGAGAAAAUUUGAGCGCCAGGAGUUCCUGGAGGUUUGGAAAAACAUGAAGAGCUUCCUACAGAGUGGCAAGCGUUGGCAUAUGCUGCUCCUGUCUUGCGUCAUUUUUAUAUCGAUGAGCCAGAUCACCGGGUACUUCUCGAUCCUUGUGCUGUACGGUACGGGCGAGCCGUUCUGCUGGCAAGGCUUGAUGGCUGGGGUCGUGACUGCAGUCGGUUUUUUGUGUGUGGCAAUCGGAACUGCAGUCGGCACCAAAGUUUUGUCGCUGUGUAUUGGAGAGUAUUGGCUGAUGCAGAUAGGCUCUCUCAGCAUGUUCCUUGUGUUUCUCAUCACGGGCUUGGCUCAGUCUACUACCAUAAUCCUUGUUGCGGCCGCAAUUGGAUGUUUGCGAGCGAUGCCCGCACCUGUGGCUCGGUCAGUGAUCUCGAAAAUCACGCUCCCAGAUGAAAUAGGAGCGGCAUUUGCGAUAGUCGGAUGCUUGGAGAGUCUUUCCACCUUCGUGUCAGGCCUGUUGGCGCAUGGACUGUACUCAGCUACGGUGACCGUGAUGCCGGCCCUUACCUUCUACAUCUACGCUGGCGUCACCAUAGUUCCGGCUGGGCUUGUGAUGGCAAUGCAGAUAGUCUGGCCACAGAAGAAAAAGUACACCCAACUUGAAGGGGAUGUUCAGACAAGCAUCAAUGCAGAUACGGAGGCUGUGUCCUAAAGGAGCAUCGUUGUCUAUGGCUAUGCUUUGUAGCCAGCCGAUGGCAAAACAAAAGCCGUAGCCACAAAAUAUAUCGGAAAAGACCUAAGGCCAAAACAAAAAGUCUCCGGUUUCUGGUAUGCGCGCGUGUCGCCGUUGCCAUGCGCGUCGGCAAA